AUGCCACCUCGCAAGUCUAGCUCGCGAAAGAGCGACACUUCAACUGCACGAUUUGUCCCGAUGGAUGAUGUGUCACCCUUGGAGCAAAGUCCAGCACCCGCUCCGACACAUGACAACGAUUCCAUGGCCACACAAGUACCUGCUGCACCAGCACCAGCACCGCAAGCUGCCAGUGAGACUGCUGUUACAGAAGCUGAAGCGGACACUUCUAUGACUCAGAAUCCAGACAAGAAGGAUAAGGACAAGGAUAAAGAGCAUAAGGAACACAUUACAAUCGAGGACUUGACCCUCCCAAAGUCUAUAAUAACGCGUCUGUCCAAGGGUGUUCUACCCCCCAACACACAGAUCCAGGCCAAUGCCAUCAUGGCUCUAAGCCAGAGCACCACAGUAUUUAUCAAUUACCUAGCGUCUCACGCCAAUGAAAACACCGUCAAUGCAGGCAAAAAGACAAUCUCCCCUGCAGAUGUCUUCAAGGCUCUUGAGGAGACCGAGUUCGCGUUCCUCAAGGAACCUCUCGAAGCUGAAUUUUCCAAGUUCAACGCUAUCCAGACUGAAAAGCGCACAUCUUACCGUCAAAAAGUCCGCGCCAAAAAGUCAGACGGGCCAGACACUGACAUGCCAGACACCUCUAACAUAGAAGCCGACACAGACACAACAGCUGUCUCAACAGGCCCUCUAGCUAAGCGCCCCCGUGUAGAGCCUGGAAAUGCAGAGGCAGAGGAGGAUGCCGUGACGGAGGAUGAGGUUGAGAUCCCCGAAGAUUCAGAGGACGACGAAGUCGAAGAAGAGGAGGAGGAGGAGGAGGAGGAGGAGGAGGAGGCAGAAGCUAGUGGCGAUGAUACCCAGGAUGCCCUUGAGCUCAAGGAAGGGAAAGAGGAGAGAGACGAGGCAUUGGAUGGGGAUGAGAGUGAUUAG